AUGCGUGUAAAUUGCUGCCUGCUGGACCGGUGUGCAAUUUACGGAUCUAACGUGUGUCAGUCGGACCGGAAUUCGGGAGGUCUAAUUAUGUGGCCAGUAAAUUAUGCGUGGGGGCGGGGGCGAAAGGGGUCCGAGAACAACUCGAAACAUCUCAUUCCGGAGAGGAUGGUGAAAGGGGAGCUGCUCGAUCAUCAUCGUUUAGCUUCUUCCACGGCCACCUCCUCGAGCACCACACCCAUGACAAACACCGUGGGAGGUGAGUGGAGAGGACCUCUCCUAAUUAGCGAUUCCCUACAACGUUUCCCACCACCGCUUUACAACGUGCGCGUGCAGUGUGCUUUUCGGGAAAAGGGACCAGCUCUAUCCUGA